GGGAAGUGGGAAUUGGAAAGUCUCCGGUCUCCGCAUCUACUCAUCGGCGACCGACCACGUGGCGGUUCCAGAUGGGGCACUUCCCUCGCUCUGUCACCGGCAAUCACCGGUCCCCGCGGCGCUGCGUUAAAGCCGCCACCCACCUCCCUCUCUCUCUCUCCCUCGCCUUCUUUAUAUGACCUCUUUUCGGCGCCGCAUGUGGCAAAGGAAGUCGCGGAGCUGCCAGAAAUCCACCUCCCGUGAAGGUUUCUCCGUCAGGUGGUCUUCCGAGGUGGUUUUCUGUUUUCUUUCCCCUUUUUUUUCCCACCUUUCCUGGUUCUGUUUGAAGUCCAUUGCCGAAGGUGGCUUGGCCGUAGGAGAGAUCUUAGCAAAGGUUGAAUCUUUGGGCAGGAGAGGGAACAUGGAGGAGAAUGUCGGACUUCUUAAGGUGAUCAUCGUGCAAGGGAGGAAUCUGGCUAUUCGGGAUUUUCUGAGCAGCGAUCCUUAUGUUGUGGUCGGGGUCGGAAAUCAGACUGCAAAAACAAAAGUCAUCAACAGUUGCCUAAAUCCUGUUUGGAAUGAAGAGCUAACAUUCUCCAUGAAAGAACCUCUUGGUGUCUUAAAACUGGAAGUGUUUGACAGAGACCGGUUCAAAUCGGAUGACAGGAUGGGUCAUGCCUUCCUUGACCUUCAACCGCUAGUGUCAGCUUCAAAGUUGAAGCGAGCACUGAAGCUAACUACGGGUGAGACCACGUUGAGGAAAGUGGCACCUAACAGCGAGAAUUGCCUAUUGGCUGACAGCUUCGUGACACACAUGAACGGCGAGAUUGUGCUUGAUGUUCAUUUGAAGCUUCGUGAUGUUGAAUCUGGCGAAUUAUACGUGACAGUCAAGUGGAUCAAUCACCUAACUACCACUUCUGGGGGAAAGGCUGGAUAAAUUUAAGAUAUUUAAUCUUUAAGUUGGCUUGGCAUUAAAAUGGCAGGCUUCUGUUGAAGUUAUGAUGCAGUUUGAUUAUUCAUGUCAGAUUUCCUUUCCAAGUUCUGUAACUUUAGCCAACCCAUCCCCCUUUGAGGAGUUUCACCAAAGCCUGAAUGAUUGGAUUCAAACUAACACGCCACAUCUGGCUGCACUGCUCAGGAUGAUAGAACUGCUCUUCGAGACUUCUAGUUUAGAUUGUUGUAGAAGUUCGGUUUGAAGCGACCUAAAUAUGGUCAUGGUUUAGUAACAUAUACUCCAGCUAUCAGUUUGCUUUUCUGUCAGGACUGCAAUUCUGUAAAGGUUUGUAGAAUAUAAAGAAGGAUUUCAGAGCCUGUCAACCAAGCCCCACCUGUGUAAUGGAUGAGAAAUCACAAAUGUCCUGUAUUGUGUGUACUUACUGGUAUUUAUAAGAUUGUCGCAUUUUUCUUAAGUACGAAAAA